AUGUUUGGACGCGCCACGGUGUGUAAUAUUUUCUUAAUGGCGAAAGUGUGGUACGUCUUGCAAAUCCUAUCUAUGUGUCGUUCAAAUGUGCAAAAAAUGCACCGUGUUUUUGCCGUAUUCAUAUGGGCUUCAAGUUGGGAGAGGGCAAGCAGAACCAAUUUGUUUCGUUCCGUCCGCAGUGGUGGGCUAGGUCUGUCACAUUUCUUUAUCAGACAAAUUGUGUCACGGUUUCUUUUUUUGCGUGAGCAGACAAACGAUUUUCUGCGCACAGUGAUUCAAGUUAGAUUGGGGAAAGCACUGCCGCAAUUUCUUGUAACUUCCGCAGAUAUGACGGGAGGAAGCGUCACUGGCUAUUUGCGUGAAGUGGUUGAUUCUUUCCGUUUUUUAUACACUCGCUUUUCAAUUGAGUAUUUGUGUUCUGUGACAAGAAAAACAUUGUACAGAGAUUUAGUUGAUUCAAUGUUGCCGAUACCUUUGUACAGAUCUGUAAACUGGGGAGGCCACGGAGACGAUGUAUUGAAACGGGUUAAAAAGAUGCCAAUUAGACCUUCUCAAAAAACGUUUUUCUUCAAGCUACAUACAAACACGCUACCCGUAAAAACAUGGCUGGAAGAAAAAGGCAUAAAUGUUCCAUGGACUGUAAACUGCUUACUUUGCAACAAACCAGAAACCAUCGAACAUGCUUUCAUCGACUGCUGGGAUGCAAUCUUCCACUGGGAUGUCUUACAGCGGACCCUUAAAAAAGAACUACCGAUUACGUCUUUGGGAAUUCGUUUUUUACCAACAGAUAAUGCGGGGGGAGUUCCGUACGAUAUGUUUAUGCUCCUUGGCCUCCACAGUCUGUGGAAAACGAGAAUGGCAGUUAGACAUGUUGAUGUGGAUGCCCGUUCGACGAGAGUCAACUUCAUCGAAAGUAUUGCGUAUAUUCGGGAAAUAUAUCGUGCGCAGAGUGAACCACCCGUGUGGGUGGAGAUUCUUGAUGACUUAGUGAAACUUAAGAGAUUUUAA